UUCAUACUGAAACAAACUCUCAGCUGACACAAAGAUGAAUACGCCACAGCUUCUCAUCCUCCUUGUGACCAUUUUGGUGCAUGCAGCAGUCGCUUUCCCCUCAGAUAGAAGAGAUAUGCCUGGCCGAGACAAACACACCUCCUGGGACGACGUGAACGUGGUGGCUCACGGCCUCCUGCAGCUGGGCCAGGGUCUGAGGGAGCACGUGGACAAGACCAAAACCCAGAUGAGAGACGUCAACGCCAAACUAAAGGCCUUCAACGGCACGGUGGCUGAACUGGAGAGGAGGCAACAGGAGCAAGAAAAAGCUCUGAAGGCGAGAAGCAAAGAGGUGGAGGAGGAGAGAGAGAGGCUGGCGGCACAGCUGGCUGAGGAGGUGGAGGCGAAGGUGGAAGAGGGGAAGACAGAGAGCGAGGACAUCCACACCAGGAUGGACAGACUGGAGGAGAAGGUGGAUGCGUUUUUUAAAGAGCCAACACUGGUCAGCAACAACAGCGAUCGCACAGAAGUCUCAUUUAUCCAGAGGCUGUUGGCGGCUCAGAACAGACGCAUUGACCAGCUGGUGGAGAAAAUCAAGCAGCAACAAGACAAACUGGAGAAGCAGAGUCUGCACCUGCAAACACUGCAAAGCAAGGUUGCACACAAGAGAGUAAAAUCACACCGACGGAGAGAUGAGGAGAUGGCACUGAGGGGAGAGCAAGAAGAGCUGAGCAGAGACGCAUCAGGUUUGGCCAGAGACUGUCACGAUCUGUUUGUACGAGGGCAGCGAGCCAGCGGCGUCUACAAAAUCCAACCACAGGAGUCCAAGCCCUUCAGCGUCCUCUGUGAAAUGACUUCAGAAGGUGGAUGGACAGUGAUCCAGAAACGUCACGAUGGAUCCCAGAACUUCAACCAGCUGUGGGAAAGCUAUAAGAAAGGCUUCGGCAACCUGAAUGGUGAGUUUUGGUUGGGCUUGGAGAACAUCCACUCCCUCUCCAAACAAGGACAGUACGUCCUGAAGGUGGAGCUCUCUGAUUGGGCGGGAGAGCAGCAGACGGAGGCUCGUUAUCGACUGCAACUUGAAGGAGAAGAGAAGAAGUUUGCUCUCCAUCUGGAGCAAGAUGCUUCAUCUGGGGCUCAGGAGAAAAUAAUGACAACCAAAGAAUCCGGUGUUCCUUUUUCCACAGCCGACAGAGACAACGACCUCGCUGCAGAUGUGAACUGUGCUGAACUGCUCUCAGGUGGUUGGUGGUUCAGUAGUUGUGGUGAGUCAAACCUCAACGGCAGAUAUCCCAGAAGGCCGAGUAUGCUCAGACGGCAGCGGUCCAGAAAACAAGAGAUGUUCUGGUCGUCCACAAAGGGACAAAACAACUCAGCGAAGGCCACUCUUCUGAAGAUAGCGCCCGCCACAAUAAAGCAAUAAGCAGAUCAGUCUCGUUGGUCUUCAAAGAGCAGUGAUGAUCUCUCCUAACAAGCACUGGAUCAUCAGAUAUUUCUAUGCUGUGCCAUAUGAUCAAUAAUUGUCAGAGUGGACAUGUUCAGUCAUAUUGACAGUUGUUUAUUCCCUUUAUAAGGGCUUCUCGAUCUCAUUUUGUAAUACUUACUGUAUGUGUUUUAAAAACUUCUACUUAAAUAUUAGAGUGUAUUAUCUUCAUUUAUACACGUUAACAUUUUUUAUAUUUCAUUUAUAUGAAACGCUUGAAGGCGUAACAACAAACACAAUGACCACCCAGCAGCAUCAUCUUCUUCCAAAUAAAAUGAAAAACUAUACAUAUAUAUUUUACACUUUAAGUUAUUCACAUGACCGUCUACGUACAUUUAUGAGUUACGCAUUUCAUAGGUCUUUAUAAAGAUAAAAGUAAACCACAAACUUCGAUUCAAUACACGAUUAUAUUGAAAAUAAUGCCUCUUACUGGAGAUUCCUACAUCCGUGGUGUGAAGUUUAUAAACAUAAAAGUGAAAUAUUGUGUUUGUAUAUGGUUGCCAUGGGUCGCUCUUAGGGGCAUUGGUUAUUACAUUACAAUACUUGGCACAUAGUGUGAUGUUUGUUUAAGAGCAUUGGACAAAGAGCUUGAAGAUUAUUUCUUGGAAACUGCUGCUCCCUGAUGAGGAAAUGAUGAAGACCACAGAUGUUGUGUUCAAUUAAGAGACAGGUUUUCACUUUGUUAUAAGGUUGACGUCUUACUGCUGCUUUCCUCUACAAUUUUCAAUGAAAGCUAAAACUGCUGUUAGGGUGAUUCAUAUUUUUCGAUGUGGGGUUUGUAAAUUUGACUCUUGUGAUGUCCAUGUUGAGAAGAGUUGUGUUAUAAGCCUUCUGAAUCCAUCUCAUCUCAACAAAAUAUUUGCAUUCUGUUUAUGAAUUUGGCAUAUUCAUUGUGUUUGAUUUAAUUAGUUUAUGUUGAAAGUUUAUCUCUUUCUGUUUCAUCUCCUUUCCCCUAAACUCAAAGAUCAAAAGGCCCAAAACUGUUUAUCU